UCGGGUGAUUCGGCAGAGACCCUCCACCGGACCCCGCGUCCUAGAAAGGAGGGCGUUUGAGUGCGGCCCUUCGGCCCCAGGCGGAUUUAGGGGAAAGGGAGGAUUGGCACGAGGCUGAGGCCUGAGAAGGAGAAGGCCUGGUGGCCACUGGGAAUAAUUCUCCAGGCACUUGACUCUGUUACCCUAGAUGAAUGGGCGCGGGUGGGGGGCGGUGCAGGGAGGAUACUGAUGAGGGCUGUCCGAGACCUUACACGUACCCGUGUCUUGUCCUUGAGGCGGAUCUCAUUAGGGAGCCCCUGGUGAUAUUUGUUUGUGCGACCACAGGCCAAGGAGACCCUCCUGACAACAUGAAGACAGACAGACAGACAGAAAACCGGCCUAAGGUGGAGUCCUAACAUGGUUUCCUGUGGCUACAGAACUUUUGGAGGUUCAUUUUCCGGAAGAGCCUGCUGUCCACCUCUCUCUGUCAGAUGGACUUUGCUGUCCUAGGCCUCGGGGACUCCUCAUAUGCCAAGUUCAACUUCGUGGCCAAGAAGCUACAUCGUAGGCUGCUGCAGCUAGGAGGCAGUGCCCUCCUGCCCCCAUGUCUGGGUGAUGACCAGCAUGAGCUGGGGCCCGAUGCUGCCAUUGACCCCUGGCUGGGAGAGCUUUGGAAGAAGAUAAUGGGUCUGUACCCAGUGCCUCUUGACUUUCCUGAGAUCCCUCUUGGAGUCCCCUUGCCCUCCAAGUUCAUCUUCCAGUUUGUCCAGGAGGUUCCCAGCAUAGGGACUGAGGGGCUAAAGCUAGCCAGCUCAGACCCUCAGAGACCCCCAUCAGAGUUACAUCCCUUUCUGGCACCUGUGAUCACCAACCAGAGGGUCACUGGCCCCCAACAUUUCCAGGAUGUUCGGCUGAUUGAGUUUGACAUUACAGACUCGAGUAUCAGUUAUGCUGCUGGCGAUGUCGUAUCAAUUAUGCCCUCUAACUCGGAGACCCACACCCAGCAGUUCUGCCAGUUGCUGGGCUUGGACCCCAAGCAGUUUUUCUUGCUUACACCACGGGAGCCAGGCGUCCCUCACCCACCAGGGCUGCCUCAGCCCUGCACAGUGUCGCAUCUUGUGUCAUGGUAUUUGGACAUCGCCAGCGUGCCCCGCCGUUCCUUCUUUGAGCUCUUGGCUUGUCUUUCUCCACAUGGGCUGGAGCGGGAGAAGCUGCUAGAAUUCAGCUCCGCCAGAGGUCAGGAAGAGCUCUGGGAGUACUGUAAUCGGCCCCGCAGGACCAUCUUGGAGGUGCUGUGUGACUUUCCACACACGGCAGCUGCCAUUCCUCCAGACUACCUUUUGGACCUUAUCCCUCGGAUCCGCCCACGGGCCUUCUCCAUUUCAUCUUCCCUGCUGGCUCAUCCCGGGAGGCUACAGAUCCUUGUGGCUGUGGUACAGUACCAGACUCGCCUUAAGGAACCCCGCCGUGGCCUCUGCUCCUCCUGGCUAGCAUCCCUGAAUCCUGAGCAAGGACCUGUCCAGGUGCCUCUGUGGGUGCGGCCUGGGAGCCUCGUGUUCCCAGAGACACCAGACACACCCAUUAUCAUGGUAGGGCCUGGAACUGGUGUGGCGCCCUUUCGAGCAGCCAUUCAAGAGCGAGUAGCCCACAGCCAAACUGGAAACUUCUUGUUCUUUGGCUGCCGCAAACGGGACCAGGACUUCUACUGGCAGACUGAGUGGCAAGAGCUAGAGAAGAAAGGCUGCCUGACCCUGGUUACGGCCUUCUCCCGGGAGCAGGAGCAGAAGGUGUACGUGCAGCAUCGGCUCCGGGAGCUGGGGCCCCUUGUCUGGGAGCUGCUGGAUCGCCAUGGUGCCCACUUCUACCUAGCAGGCAAUGCUAAGUAUAUGCCUGCGGAUGUCGCGGAAGCCCUGACAUCCAUUUUUCAAGAAGAAGGACAACUCUCCAGUGCAGACGCGGCUGCCUACCUUGCCAGGCUCCAGCAGACACUGCGUUUCCAGACUGAGACCUGGGCCUGAGGAGCCACUUGCUAGCUCACACCCACACCAACAGCUGCACUGGAGAGCCUACUGGAGUCUAGAGGGCCCAUUGUCACCUCCUGUCCUCAGAACACUUGUGAGACCAUGGUGUAGCUUCUUGACUCCAGCUGACUAGCAGGGCACUCCCUGAAUCCAGCCAAAUUCGGUGGAACCCAGUGUCCCACCCACACUUCCCCCAACCCCAGUGCAAUGUGCACUCCUGGUUUCCUCUCUGUCCCCAUCACUGUGCCCCAGAUCUGCAUUAUGAUCCAUACCACAGGGGAUGCUAAGGUCUCCAGGAGGCAGGGAGUCUGUGAGGGCUGCACUGCCCCUCUGCCCUGGUGCUAUUUCCAUUCACCCCACAGCGCCUGUGGGCCUCGGGCUCAGGUGAGAGGCCCCCAGGGGCUGAUUCUCCUGAGCAUUGAGAAUGAGCAAGUCAGUCUGUCUCAGGCCCUUAACACCUUGAGUAAACUGCCUGGGUAGCUACUCACUUCUGU